GUACAAAUUUUUUAAAAAUACCGAACCGUCACGUAAGGUGUUCACCCGUAUAAAUUUGCAGAGGAGAAUAUUUAUUGGAAAAAGAAAAAAAAAGCUACUCCUUAUAAUGCAACGGGAGUUCAAUCAAACACUUCGGGUAAAAAUUUGGGUCAAACAAGAGGGAGUUGAAUCAAGUUGCUCCCAUGGCAGUGCUUCUCGGAAGCUCUUCUUCACCUUCAUCUCUUCGGUCUCCAUUGAUCAGCAACAUCAAAGCGCCAAGGCGAAUUUCUACUGCGGCUUCUCAGGUGAAGCUGUGUGAAUCUUCCUAUAACAGAGACUUUGAGGCUAGAUUGUGUAAUCCUCCGAGUAAAAAGAGUUUUGAUUGGGUCGACACUACGAGUUGCUAUAGGUUUUGCUAUUAUGCCCAUAAUCGUGGGCAUAGAUUAUAUCUUCGACCAGUUUGGAGAUUUUGUAAAACAUUCACCCUAGAAUAUAAUAACUUCUUAAUGAAAAAUAGUUGCAUUCUUGACCCAAGGAAGUUCACAAACAAUCGCCGGAGAUUUGCAAGAGAUUCUGAAAAAUUUAGUGUGGUUUCUAAGCUGUUUGCACGGGUUGCUGUUGGGGUCUUGGCAGUAAUGGCAGCCAGUACUACUGUUAACAACACUCUUACUUUGGCUCUUAGUGAAGAAAAUCAGCUCUUCUUAGAGGCAUGGAAAACAAUUGACCGUGCAUAUGUUGACAAAACCUUCAAUGGGCAGAAUUGGUUUAGAUAUCGGGAAAAUGCUCUUCAAAAUGAACCAAUGAACAAUCGAGAAGAGACAUAUGCAGCAAUACGGAAGAUGGUCUCCACUUUGGAUGACCCUUUCACCCGGUUUCUGGAGCCUGAAAAGUUCAACAGUUUGAAGUCAGGAACUCAAAGUGCACUGACAGGAGUAGGGAUUUCAAUUGGCUAUCCCACUGGAAGAAAUGAUGCAACCCCCGGACUAGUGGUUAUCUCAGCAUCCCCAGGAGGUCCUGCAAACAGGGCUGACAUUUCAUCUGGGGAUGUUAUCCUUGCGAUUGAUGAUAUUAGUACAGAAAGCAUGAGCAUAUAUGAUGCUGGAGAGCGCUUGCGGGGACCUGAAGGAAGUGAGGUUGAACUAACGGUACAACAUGGUUCUGAAACCAGAAACCUAUCUUUAAUCCGAGAGAAAGUUACACUGAACCCUGUGAAAUCAAGCGUCUGCAAGGUAUCUAGUUCUAGAGAGAAUGCUUUGCAGAUUGGAUAUAUCAAACUAAGCACAUUCAACCAAAAUGCAUCAGGUGCUAUGCGGGAAGCAAUUGAAACAUUACGGAAAAACAACGUGAAGGCUUUUGUCCUAGACCUUCGAGAUAAUAGUGGCGGGUUAUUCCCUGAAGGAGUUGAGAUCGCCAAGAUCUGGUUGGACAAGGGUGUGAUUGUCUAUAUUUGUGAUAGCCGUGGUGUUCGAGAUAUUUACGACACGGAUGGAAGCAAUGCAAUAGCAGCUUCAGAACCCCUUGCCGUGCUGGUGAACAAAGGAACUGCAAGUGCAAGUGAGAUUUUGGCUGGGGCAUUGAAGGACAAUAAACGGGCAGUUCUGCUAGGGGAACCGACUUUCGGCAAGGGCAAGAUACAGUCUGUCUUUAAACUAUCUGAUGGCUCUGGUUUGGCUGUCACGGUUGCACGUUAUGAAACACCCGCCCAUAACGACAUCAACAAGGUUGGUGUGCUCCCAGACCAUCCUUUACCUGCAUCAUUCCCCAAGGACGACGAGAGCCUAUGCGGCUGCCUCCAGAAUCCCGCCUCUGCCUGUCACCUUGGUAUGGCUGAGUUGUUUUCAAGGUAACCAUAAAAUUGAGAUACAUAUUCUUUAAGAAUUUAUAUACUCUUUAGAAAAAAAGGAAGAAAUCCAUUGAUUUCUUCCUUUUUUCCGAAUUGACAAAGCUAGUGUGUUCCUGAUAUUCAUGUAGUAAAGUAAAUUGAAACUGAGAGGUUCCUCCCAGUUGUGCUUCGUCUUAUUCUUUCAAGUUUGUACUAAAAUUCUUUUGAAUGU